UUUAAUCCAAAAAUGGCGUCUGGAGUAAUGUUUGGUGCACGCUUUUGUUGCCGGGCUUAUGCAUCUUCAUUUUGUUACUCUAGCGCGAGCAGAAUAAACGUCAGAUAUCUUCGAAGAUGUCGAAAAGCUUGUAUCGCUAAUGCAAUAGAGGUUUCAACGAAACGGUUUUAUGCAGAUGAAAAUUCGUCCCGUACUUCAGAUGCUUUAAAGUUUUCCCAGUACUUGAUGCAAGAAAACUUCAGGAAUACGACAGUUGAUAUUGAUGACUCAAGUUUUACUGAUUUUGAGGGAGAGCAAGAUAAUGAAGAUCCAUCAAUGCAAAUGAUGAUGGAGAGAUAUGAAAAGUAUCGUUUAUGGUUGGCAAACUUGAUGGGAAAGGAUCCUGAAUCAUUUGACCAAGAGGCAGUGCAAGAAGCAAUUGAAUACUUGUUGCCAUCUGGGCUGUAUGCAAAGGAUUGUCGUCCUACCUUUGAGCACCCUCAGUCAGUGUACAGACAAUCAACAGACCAAUCGUUCAAAAUGGAUAAACAUGGCCGUCCACUGGCUGCAGCUUUUUAUACAGGCCAGGUUGCCUUCCAUGAUUUGUUAUUUGAAAUUUAUGAGCUCACAGCCAAGUUGAAUGCUCUUGACGAGACUGCACCAAGUGACAGUGGUGCAACAGAAAAAGGAGACAUCUUGACAUCUGGUGAUGACACUGAAUCACAAUCCAGUGAUGUAGACAGCGCAGGUUCAUCUGACAGUGAUAGUUCAGCGGGAGAAGAUCACUCAUCAUCUAGCGAUGAAAGUGAAUCACACUUAAUGAAGAAGGCGAAGCUUACGGAGAAGGUGACCGCAAAAACGCCGUUGCAAGGGUAUGGGUAAAGAAAGGCUCGGGACAAGUCACUGUUAACGACGUUCCUUUCGUCAAGUAUUUUCCCCGAAUGGAAGACAGGAAGCAAAUCAUGUCACCAUUUCUCGCCAUUAAUGCAGUGGGUGACUAUGAUGUGAGAAGUGAAGUUCUUGGAGGGGGACACUCAGGUCAGUCUGGUGCUAUUAGGCUUGCUAUCAGUAGGGCGCUUCUUAACUUUGAAGACAGCUAUUUGGAACCACUUGAAGAAGCUCAUUUACUGAUAAGGGAUCCACGGAUAAAGGAGAGAAAGAAGCCCGGUCAGAUGAGAGCUAGAAGGAAGUUUGCCUGGGUAAAACGAUAAGAGAUGAGCUUUGUUGUGCAUCGUGAAAUGGCGGCAACAAGAUGAGCCAAAACGGGGAAAAAAAGAUUUCCACUCCCUCUCAUUUAUUGAGAGGAGGAAGGACCAUAACACGCGACGUCAGGAAAAUAUUUCUCCCGCGGUCUUUCAAGUUUUGGUGGGAAAGCUCACCAAGUCUUCAAACCCAAAUUGUCGCACGCACGAAGAGUCGGUUGUUAAGGUUUUGCAGAUUUCUAGAACGGUAUCACUGUGGAAGCAUAACACAUAUUUUGAACUUUUAUAAGACCCCAGGGAUCAUGAAUUGUAGAUAAUUUCAAUUUGAAAACCAUUUUAACUGAAGGAAGAAAUAAAUCUUUUCAAACUCA